GGUUUGGUUGUCAACAUAAUUUUUUUAAAAAUCACAAAAAAUGUUUUAAAGGUUCCAAAAAAAUCAAAAGAGUUGGAAACUACAAACAUAACAAUUGGAUUACUGCAACCAGAAUGCAGAAUCAACUUAAAUUUAACCUGGAUGUCCCAUUAGCAGCAUCAAAUGUUGCUGUCAGGUACCACAAGCCCAACCCAAUUGUUGUGGAGCGGGCUGGAGGCUUGACUAAUAUUCCUGUCCAUCAUCACAUGCCUGCUGAAAGCCGCGAUGCUAGAAGGGCCUCACAGGCGUCAAUCACAGAAGAUCGCAUGGCUCUGGCUGUCCGCCUUGCCAAGAGAGACCUCAAGAAGCAGCGAGACCAGCCAGAUGGCAACAGAACUCCCUCUCCUAAACCGUACAAGUCCAGAGUAACAAAAGUAGGAGGUACGAGAGUUGUGUACACAAAGGAAGCCCAGGAAAGAGGUAUGAGGCUACAGAAGAAACAGCAGGUGUCGCGGGACGUGCUCAAGGUUCGGGAACAGGGCUGGAACGCUGGCGUCAUUGCGGGCCGGUCACGGACACCGCCACGGAACAACCAAGCUGACUUUCCAGCCACCACCAAUUCCCCGCCCACUCGUGACACAGAUCGGUACCCGGUGAACCGCGGAAUCCCGUCGGACGAUCCAGAUGUAGAGAUUAUGAGAUUACAGCGGGAAAUGGAGGGCUACCUUCAACAGAUACAAGUCAUUGAGCAGAGGGCCAUGCAAGAGCAAUCGUCUGGUGUCAGCCAGCCACCAAAGUCUCGGAAGCGCGAGGGUUACUUGGCAGAAGAGGAGGAUCCAUCUAGACGAGCGAUGAGAAUGGAGGAGCAGACAACACGCAGUGCUAGACAGGUGUACAAUCUCCGACAGCAAGUAAGAGCCCUGCAAGACCAGGUCAGAAAUAGAGGGAAUGUCAAGCACACAAAGAAGAGCCAGGUGAUGUUAAGACUUGCUGCGGCCCAUAGAGGGGCUGUGAGGGCUAUUCAGGGAUUUGUUUCCCAGCAAUUGCCCCAACAGGACCUCAGUCGGGGCCUCCCUGCAGGGUACCAGGAGCUUUCCCAACUGAUCCGUCAACUGGCCAACUUAUCGACCCAGAUCCGAACAGAAAAGGACACAACAUCGGUACAUGAAGACCUCGUGAAAAUGCUGGACAGGGUCGAUGAAUUGAACAAGGCAUGGAGUGAAGAAGCUGCGGCUCUUGAGUCCGUUGAGGAGAGGAGACGGAAAUCCCCACAGGGGAGACAACCUGCCUUCGAAGUUGGGCCUGACAGGGGAAGACAACCUGCAAUGCAGGGGAGACAAUUUGGUAUGCAGGGGAGACAAGCAGGAAAGGAAAACAGACCUAAAGGAUUACUGAAGAAACAGUUCAUCAAGGGAAAAGUCCAUCAAAAACAGAGACAGCAAAGAAAGGUAACUCCUGAGCGACAGCAGGUGUUGAAAGCAGGUUUAGAGGCCUUGAUGCGGGGAAACCAGGUUGGGAAUCGUAGCAGACCGGGAGUGGCUUGGGACGUGAGCGCUGAUGACAGUGCACUGUCCGAACCUGCCAACACAAGCCUUAUACUGCCAAAGGGCCUUCAGUACAAACGAGACAGAGCGCAGAAGUCAGUAUUGCUGGCCGUCCCAGAGUCCCACUUUGCUGACCCGACGCUGUCCUCAUGCCAGAAAGCAACGCAACCUGCCGAUCUACAUUACAGUCGGGAGCCAUGGAAACCUGGGGGAAGUGGCCAUCAGUCCCCAGGGAGGGCGCGUUCCAAGGAUCGCAGCAGGUCCAGAGACAGGAGCCGGUCAAAACAUAGAGUUGCUUCCCUUGAAAGGAGCAGAUCCCAACAGAGAGUUGCUUCCCUUGACAGAAGCAGGUCAUAUAGCCCCAAAUCUCGCCACCGUGGCUGUCUUAUACAGGAUAUGGACACAGAACUCAUGCAGGAGCUGUUUCCAGAGGGUGUAGAUGGCCAGGGGUCAAGGGUCAGGUCAGCCAGUCCAAGGUCAAGGUCACAAAGACAAAGGUCAAUCAGUCCACCAAGGUCACCCGGUACAAGGUCCAGGUUUGAUGCUCACAAAAUGACUGCAAGACUUGGCCGACUGCAGAGAAAAACCCAGGAUGCCAGCAUGGUGCAUAGCAGAGAGCGGGAAAUGGCAGAAAUCAACUUGAGGCGGGCAUUGGCAGGACAACAUGCUGAGGGGAAUGGUGAGAUGUUGACAGACAUGAUACUGAAUGACAUUCUGCACGACACAGCCAGUGAGCUCGAAUCACUCGAAGGUGACGACCACACCCACAGACACGCCUCUGCUCUAGUCAAUAACCCGACCAUGGAGAACAUGUACCAACGCCUUGAACAAAUGGAGUUGGAGCAGAUGGACAUCAGAAGAAGAUGGGGAACUCUUCAAUUUGAGGAGGAGAGCUCUUCACGAUUGAAGGCAAGAAAGGUGGAGAGGCCCUCUGGACCAAUGGCAUUUGAGAUCACAAGGCAUGGCCCAGCCCAAUCUCACAGAGUACAGAGUGGAAGGGCCUAUGACAAGGACACAGAUGCCCCUAUUAUAUUUACCAAGUCUGCCCCGCCUGUGGCUUAUCAGCAGAGGAACAUUCCCCUGGAAACAGACGAAGAUUCUAUCUUCUAUCAUUCAGCUGCCCUACCUCAUCACCGGACACAAUACAAGACAAAGUUGAAGCUGCCCGAGGCCUCUAUCAAAGAGAUUCAUAACAAUCUGGAGAAAUAUGAGCGACACCUGAAGAAAAGUUCGCACCAAAAAGCGGGCCGAUUUGAUCCUUGGAAACUUGUAGAAGAAGUUUCAGAUCAGAUCUUGACAGAAUGUCUAAAGGAAAUAGAAAAUGAACUUGAUGGUAUAAAUGAGAACAUUGUGCAUCAGGUAUGCAGAGCUGAAUUUGCAGUUCCAGAAUCUUCAUCUUUCCCACAAUCCCCUGCACAGGAAGUACAGGAUGUUGCAAGGGAUGAUGGGAUUGAAGAAAACAUUAAACCAGACUACAGACUGGCACAAACCAGUCCAGAGCAGGAACAGGAAGUGGAAUUAGUUUCUAAUUUUAGAAAAAGCACUGAAAGGUCUCUGAUUCAGAGCCGGAAAGAUGAUUCAGAGGUUAGAACUAGUGACAAAUUUUCUAAAAAAGAGGUGAGUUUUGACCAUGAAGUGACUUAUGACCAGGAAAGUGUGGAGGACAGUUAUGAGAGUGAGAGAGGAGCUGUGUUUGAUGCAGCUGAUCUAGAUAUCGCUGCCAGCGAGAGAGAUGGGCCAGAAAGUUUAAGGAAUGUGGAAGAACAGUAUCAGGAUGAUUAUGAAGAGGAUGAUGAUGAAGAUGAUGAUGAUGAUGUAGAAGAAGUGUCUCCUAUUGAUAGUGACGAGCUUGAGUACUCCACUGACGAAGCUUGAUAAAAGUUCAUACAUAUUUAAUAUCAUUUAAUUUACAUUUACAUGCAAAUACUAUAAAUGCUCAAAUGCAUACAGACAGAAGAAUGCCUUUAUAGGAAAAGUUACAAGUAAAAUAUUAUGCCAUUGAGUCACGGAAUGUACAUGUUUACAGCCAAGUUCAAAGCCAAUAUUUGUAAACUUUGAAUAUGUUGAAAAUUGAACAGAGGAAACCUGUCAACUCAUCUUUUUAAGAAGAGACUCUCGCACAGUUAUCAUUAUCUUUUUUAUUAAAAUGAUGUCAUUGAUGAUGUCAGAAGUUUGUAAGUUUUUCAUACACACAAAAUCUGAAUUGUCUUAGAUAAGGUUUUUCUGUCAUUUCCUUAGACAUGAGUACCAGUUUAUUUUAGUCAACAUCUUAUUCAUUCAAAUAUAUAAUCACUACAUAUAAACUGAAACUAGACAGAAACUGUAGAUGAACCAAAAAUAUGUUAUUCAUAGUUUAUAUAAUUUAUGUAGUUCAAUAUUGUAACAGGACAUACAAUGUAACAUUGAAGGGGCUGUACUCCGUAUGAUGAAAUAGCGAAAAAAAGAAGAAAAUUGUCGAAAACUGACAUAAACUUGGUAUUGUUGUGUAUUGUUGUGUACAAUGGAUUGAAACUUGUUACUGAAGUACCACAUAGUUUACAAUUCAUUUAUUUUUUGCAGUUUUUUUCGUAUUUUUCCAUUAAAAAAGAUUACUAGGUAUAUCUACCUAGUAGAAUUCAUUCCUUAUGCGUGAUUGGAUAGUCGAUGUUAUCACGUGAUAUUACCAAGUUAGGUAUAUAGCUUAAAUAUUCCAACCGUUUAGAGUAAGCCUUCGUAGCACAGUGGAUACAACACUAGACUGCAAUUUUGGCGACACCGGUUCGAACCCGGUUUCUGACUGGAUUUUUUUUUACAUUUUGGUAUUUUUUUUACAAUUAUGAUAUCAAAUAGUAAAGCAUUUUAUUAAAUAAUUGUCCUGAGAUUCGUUUCAGAAAAAAACCUUUUUUAGUGCCAAUCUGGUGUUUAGUCCCUUUAAUAUUUCAAAGUUAAAUGACUUGGAAACUGAGUUAUCUCCCUUCGUUUAAAAAACAACAACAACAUUUCACUUGUUCCAUGAUAUAAUUAUCUAUUUUUUUAUGAUAAUAUUUAAAAUAUGAUAUAUAUAUAUAUAUUCCAUGCAUUUAUAUUAUACAUACACGUGUAUGUAGAAACAGAGUAGAUAAUAGGAUCUUACAUAUGUUGUCAUUUAAUAUGAAAAAAUAAUGUAGUGUUUAGUAAAAGUUAUGCAGGGAGCCUUUGACCAAAUUUAGUAUUAAAUGGGAGCGAAUGUAAGAUUCUUUUUUUGUCACAUGACAUAUGACGAUUUAAUUAAAAAAAAUUAGUUGCAGGUAAAAGUAGUGGGGCGAAAUAAUAACAAUGUCAAGUUAUAUCAAACUAGUGUUAUAUAAGGAAAUAUGUAAUGGUCGUAUUACACUUGAAACAAGUCAUGUGAUUAAUACUUGUUAUGAUGAUAGAAUUAAGUACACGACUUCAUUUUAAAAAAGGUACCUGGCUACAUGUUAUAAUAACUUUAUAUACAACUUGUGAGUUGUUAUUAGUUUUAUUGCAUUUUUGGGGUUAUUUAAAUUUUGUCAUUUUUCAAAAAAGUUGAAGGCCAAGGCCUACAAUGCCUAUAUGUAGCUACGCCACUGUUCCCCUAAUUAUAAUUAUGUACUUGUUUAUUUUGAAGGUUUUAUAAGUGCAUGUAAUAGUUUUACCCAAACUGUGAUAUGUUUGUAUUCUUUGAACAAUAAAAAUACAAAACUAG